GUGCUCCCAUGUGUCAUCCUCUACAACACCCCUCCACUACUACUGUGCCUACAUAUUCACUGCACCAGUGCACUAGACUUCUGUUAGAAGCCUUCAUUUUCACCGCAUUCUCAAAGACAAAAAAACAAAAACAAAGCAACAAUAAAAAGUUCUACAGAAAUAUACUAAAGAGAGGGAAAGACAAGAGCAAAAAUGGCUCCAAAGAGAGGAAGAAAGGUGGUAAAGACCACAAAAGUUGUUAAAGAAACAGUUGAAGUAGUUUCCAUUCUCGGGUCACAGUCCCAAGAAGAUCAAGCCCAAACCCAAGCCCAGCCUGAAGUUACCGAGCGAAGGGAGGAACAGACCUCGGUAAUGACCAAGUCAAUCCCAAUAGAAGACAUAGAAGAGGCCCAAGACGACCAAGAGACCGAGACCCAAGAACCUGAUUUCCCUCUUGAAUGGCCCAAAGUCGACAAGAUAUCCACCCCACCAAGAGAAGAAUCCCCACCAAGGCAAGAAGAAGACGAGGCCCAAGAUCAAGACCAAGCCCAGCCCAAAAAUGAAGCCCAGGAGGGUAAGAAGGCAACAAUGGCGAAAACGAAGACGGGCCGAAAAAGAGGGAGGAGAAUGAGAGGGGGAAUGCGAAUGGGAGAAGGAGGAGGAGAAGGGUAUAAGAGGUAUAUUUUUAGAGUGUUGAAACAAGUGCACCCAGGAAUGGCAAUAACGUCAGGGACAAUGACGGUAAUUAACAACUUUAUGACUGAUAUGUUUGAGAGACUUGCUGCUGAAGCUUCUAAAUUGAGUAUGUAUAGUAAGAAACAAACAAUGUCAGCAAGAGAAAUUCAAGGUGCUGUUAAGUUGGUGUUGCCUGGGGAGCUUGGUAAGCAUGCUGUUGCUGAAGGAAGUAAGGCGGUGUCUAACUAUGUCACAUAUGAUUCUAAGAAAUGAUCAAACCAUGUUAUAAAUGUAGGGGAUGUGUUUUGUGAUUAAUUGGUUGGGAUGAUGUGUAAAUUUGGGGUAUUUUUUUUUUAAGUUUGUAGGGAUUAGUGGGGUGUUUGUGUGUUUAUGUGCGUGCUAGACUGUUGGUGAUGUUAAUUGUAUUCAACAUUUGCAAAGAAAGGCCCAUAUUUUGUUGUAAGUAGGGACUUUUUCUGCUUAGGCUUUGAUCCAUGAUGUGUAACAGACUUAACAGUUUAAGAAUGUGGAGUAUUUUAUUUUUGGGUUGA